AUGCAUCUCUCCCAGUCUGGUCGGCUGGCCGGUCUCCUCCCUCAUGGCGAGGAACAUUUUCAAGACUUUCGUCAGCUUGGAUACUCGUCAGUUGCUGGAAGCAACUCCUUCGUAGCACUAGAGCGGGUGAUGCGCUGUACUGGGCCUCCUACACCGCCGUCCCAGCCAUGUACUGAGGCCUUAUUGUUAAUUUCCCGUUUGCCUCCUAAGAAUAUAAUGGAUGAGCUCAUUACCACCUUUUUUUCGGAUGUCAACUGGCAAUAUUUCAUCGUGGAGAAGUUCUACUUCAAUGAUCUGCUCGUACGCUGGUACUGCACUGAAACAAGCCAGCCUACCUAUCUUAGCUCAUAUGAGUUCUCCCAAGAGUUGAGAUACUUUCCAAGUCUCUUGUUUGAGGUUGUUGCGCUGUCUUUACAGUUUCUCCCACCAGGAGCGCCAGCGUGGAGGUAUUUUGGAGACGAGACAAGACUCUCACAAAAAUACAGCGACCUGGGCGUCGAGCUUGUGCAACUAUUGGGAGUCCAAGGCACAGCCCUGACUGCUGUCCAAGCAAGUCUCUUAAGGGCAUCUUGGUUGAAGAAUCUUGGCCGAGGAAUUGAUGCUUGGCGGUCUUUGGGAAACGCGAUCAGGCUAUCUCAAGAACUUGGCCUCCACCGGCAACAGGUCUUUCAGCAGUCGAACUCAGAUAGUGUUGAGAAGUCAUUGGGCUCUUUCUGGUAUAACGAGUAUAAGAAGCGCCUGUGGAUUAACCUAUACUCGUGGGACAGUCUCAUGGCUCUGGUCCUUGGUCGACCCAUGAUGAUCAGCAACUUUGACUGUAAUAUCCCACUUCCGAUCGACUGUGAUAUUCCUGAUAUCCCUUUCAAAACUGUUCCAGUGAUGCUGUCAAACAACCUGGGAACUCGUCCUACCUCUCUUUCAGCAUCCCUUGUCAGGUACUUCAUAUCUACCAAGGUUCACCGAAUACGUGAAUUGGGGCUAGAUACCCCGCAUCCCAAGGAUUACUCUAUGGUGGGAGUUUUGCAUCAGGAGGCUCUAUCUAUUUUGGAUGGUACAAAACCAGUUCUUCGACACCAAAAUCCUGAUACUUCCUGGGAUGCGCAGCACGCAUAUCUUCCCCAACAGCGUGAGGAACUUUUGACCGUUGUGUACACAUUCCUCACGGCAUUACAUCGACCCCAUAUCAGCACACAUGUGCAAAGCCUAAGAGCUGUUUUACAGGCAGGUAUUGUCGUGUUAGACUCUCAACAAAGACUUUUCGAUCUAACAAGAACACACCAUUAUAUGCUAUGUCACCUUUCAUUCUAUACAGUGGAUGCCGCUAUUCUGCUUUUAGGGGUCAGUGCACGCUACCCACAGCAAAUGCUUGAGGUCACGGGCAAUAUCCACCGUGCAAUCCAACAGGCUAUAGUGCGAUUGUCCAAGAUGGCACCAGUGAAUCCUACAGCAAAUUCGGGCCUGGAUGUUAUUCAACGUUGCUAUCGAAGACUUCAAGAAUCAUGUGCCGUCUCUCUCCCGGCUGAUGCGAUACCAGCGCAUUCCGCUUCCACGAGAGUUCAGCUGCAAGAUAUCUGGGGAGCACUGAGCCAUGAGCAACUGAACGGUCAGGACUGGGUGCCAGCCGAAUCAUUUUCUUCCCCUGGUAACUGUAACCAGCACUUCUCACCAACGGACGGGUCUGCAGCGACACACCACUUCGACCAAUCAUACUGGCUCCGCCAAAUAGAUGGCAUCUACUCUGCUGCUAAUCAUGCCUCGUACCUUGACGCAAUACUGGAGGCAGGCCGAGAUUGA